AUAAAUAUAACAAUAUAUAUCAUAAAAUGGAAAAGAAAAAAUAUAGAAUUUUUGUUUCUUUGUUAUAUUUGCGAAAAGAUACAUUUAUAAAGAUUGCAAAUGAUUGUCAAUAGUUUUAUGUUGGGUACUCCAACGUAAAUGUAGCUUCUAUGACGAUGUUUUCAGUGAUGUAAGCAUGUGAGUUUAUAGCGGUGACCGUUCAUAGAAUCUGUCUUCUUUCUUCUAACAAUUCAGGUAACAUAAUGAUUAUUUCUUUGAUCGUACUAAAACUAUACUAUAAUUCAUAAAAUUUUGUUAUUUUAAGUAUGCAGAGACGAGAGAGUUAUUUCAAAUCGUUAUCUCUUUUCUUUUGUCACGUUUUGAUUAGUUGCUCGAGAUGAAGUAAUAAAUAAUAAAUAACUUUCUUUAUCUAAAAAGCAAAUAGUUUCGAUUUUACUUUAUAUUCUAUGUUUAUUUAUUCUUUAAUUAUCAUUAUUAAACAUUAAUUAAAAAGUAUUAGAAUGUAUAGAAAAUGUAUAGAACGAAUAUGAAAAACUCAUAAAAAAAUUUAAGAGAAAAAUAUAUAUAUAUAUAUUAUUAAAAUCAUAUUUUUUUCAUAUUAAAAUGUUUGUCAUAAUGGCUAUGUAUUGGGUAACUUUAAUAGAAAAACAUUUUUUUUAUAAAAAUAGUAUUUUUCAAGUUUUUGCAGAUUUCUACAAUAUUUAGUUUCUUAUAAAAAAAAGUUUUAUAGUGAUUAAGAUUCGAAUUUUUCUUUUUUUUUGAAAUAAUUUUAAGCGUGUAAAUUUAUAAUUUUUUAAAGUACUAAUUGUUAUAGUUAUAAUCAUUUCAUGAUAAAAAUUUGUAUUCAGAUUUUAUUUAUGAUUGAAUUUAUGAAUAUUUUAAAUCCACGAAGUUCUAUAUAUUUUUAGUUCUACAAAGAUUUUUUAAUAAAUAUAAAUAAUAAAGAUUUCGUAUGCAUGCUAAAUUAUAUCAUAAAAUUACAAUUUACAUAUAUUCGAUAUGAAAAUAUUAAAAACAAAUCUAUAAAAGAUAGGAAAUAAGAUGAUAUAAGCUUUUACUGAAAUAGGCUGGUUUUAAUAGAUAUGAACCAUGUUAGAAUCUUAUUUGCUAAAGUAAAUUUUAUCUUGUAAAAAUAAAUAAAAAAGAUUUUUAUGAGGAAAAGCGUACAUAUGCAGAAUACGAGAAGAUUCGCAGCUGAUCGUUAAAUCACAGUCACUUACAACUGAGUUAAUUCUUCGUUCGGGAUUUUCCAAAGUCAUUAUUCUAAAUUAUAAAUGUUUUAAAUAUUUAGCUAUUUAACUAUUUUUCCCAAACUAUUUUUUUAUAAAAUUUACUUAUAUUUGUCUUAUUAUUUAUUUCAUUUAUAAUAAAAGUUUUUAUAAAAAUAAUUGUUUAUAAUUAGUAUAAUUUUGUAAAUUUUGCAAUCAAAAAAUUGAAAUCUAGGAAUCUAUAGAAUAAUGAAUGCAUAAAUUUUUUUUCUUUUAAAUAAUUUAUUUAAAUAAUUAUUAAUUCUUAAUUAUGAUUGCAUAAUAUAUACAACAAAAAUUAACAUAAAGAGAUAUGCUUUGCCAAGAAACAUGAACAUAAAAGGGAUCUCGUGUGUGUGUUACAAUAGGAAAAUCAAAACGAUAGAAAUACCUCCAUUUCUUAGUAAUUCGUCUAAUCGAAAUCUUUGUAAAAUCUAAAAAAAAUAAUAAUAUUAGAAUGGAUUUACUAUGUUAUUGCAAUGUAUCGUCAAAUGACGAGAGGCCUGGUCAUAUAUCGGAGAUUAGUCGUACACGCGCGUGUAAACAUAAGAAUCUCGUCAUUCAUAUUAAUACACGCACCUGGGGCCAAGUUUCUCGGUACGAAUGUCUUUACUGUUCCUUGGAUCGCCUCGGUCGUCACCGAUCGUUUUACGCAGUUUCAUGUACGACACGGCUCUCAAUGCUUGUGGUAUAUGUCGCUGAGAAAAUUCUAAAUCCUUGAAUCUUUGAAAAUUUAUUCGAAUUGAUUAUUACCAAUUCGGAUGUGUUUGUCCUCAUCGAUCUGUGUAUCUAUAUGAAGAGGCGAACCACGUACGACCUGAGGCAAGCUUGGAAGAAAGCUCGUGCAAAAGCAUACUCUGCUUCGACGCAGGUGGUACUGACGGUACAGCAGAAGCCAGUUGCAACGAGCAGCGCGGCGACGACGGCCACAGGGUUACAAGUUGGUCUUGCGGGUGGACAUCAGAGACCAGUUAGUUUAUCAGCCGGUACCACAAUGGUAUCACCCUCGCAACCAGCGACUUCUUUACAUAGGGCGUCGACUGCUCCAGGCGCGCCGUGUAAUGCACGUAUCACAGGACCUCAACCCGUUGAUCACGAGAAAAAGCGACAAAUGGAAACUCAGCGCGUUCAUACAUUCCAGCUUAUGUUGGAGAAAGAACAAAGUUACGUUGAUAAGCUUCGUAGUGAACUUGCGAAAGCCAGCACUGGUAGUGGUAAUGUUAAUGUUGUAUCACUACAAACAGAAUUGGCGGGUGCCGAAAGAAGGGUGCGCACUAUGCAGGAACAACUAGCUGCGAUUACUACUAAUGAACAGCUUUGCUCGUUGGUAACAAACACCUCGUGUUCCCCGGGUUAUUAUUCACCCUUGAGUAGUUGCAGUGGUGAUGUACCACCGCCUCUACCAUCUCGUAAAUCCUUGUCCAUGCAAAGCCUGUCUCCGCCACCAUUGCCUCCCAGACCUCCGCCUACUACAAAUACGCACCACGUAGCCCAGUUGGAGCUGGAGCGUCAACUGUUGACUCAUUUAACGCCCUCAACCACCAGUCAUGGCAUACCUAACUCUCUUUCACAGGGUGCAAAUUUGGGUUCCUCAAAUUCACUUAAUAAGCACCAACGAACAAAAUCCAGUCCAGAACAACUAGGAACUACAACUAUUUCUCCAUCAGAAGCUAGUAGACGUUUAAUAGCAUCAGAAUCAAUGAAUGAUCUUUCUCCUCCAAGGCAUGUAAGGCAUAGUGAUAUUGACAUAGAUGAAUUACCUCAUAUCACUCCUCCAGGAACUCCACCUCCACCAUAUCCAGUUGCUAGUCCAGGAAAUGAUACUUCUGGCUCUACUAUCAAUGAUACAAUAUUAAAUGAAAGUAUUCCUGGAUUGCCAACAUUACAGCAGCCAAUCAUGUCAAUGGAAGAUGAUGAUAUGAGUGAUCAAGAAGUUGGGCAAUUAGAAGAUCAUGGUCCAUUUAAAUCUUUAUCCCGAUUAUGGGGACAUCAUGCACAUCUUGCUGUAUUUAUUAAUUAUGUUUUAUCAAAUAGUGAUCCCUCCAGUCUGUUGUUCUAUUUAGUAACGGAUCUGUAUAAAGAAGGUAAUGCAAAGGAAAUGAGGAAAUGGGCAUAUGAAAUUCAUUCUAGUUUUUUAGUACCUGGUGCACCUCUUCGUCUGCAUAAUGUAGACGAAAAUGUAGCACACGAAAUAGAUGAUGUUCUUUUGAAAGAAUCUGAUAAGGAAGAAAUUCUACGAAAAAUUUUUUGGAAAGCACGUACACGUGCAAAAGAAGAAUUAAAUGAGCAACUAACAGAUUUUCAACAAAAGAGAACUGCUGGAUUAGGUACAUUAUUUGGUCCAAGUGAUGCUCAAUUGGAUGAAAGUGCAUCUGAUAAGACACGAGAAACAAAAAUUAUAGAAACAUACCUCUUACCUAAAAUGGAGCCUUAUUUAGAAGAUAUUGAAAAAGAACAUGUAGAUUUGCGACAAUUUACAACAGCAGCUGGUUUGGCAACAAUAUUAACAAAAAUUUUUCAAGUCCGACCACUAUCGCUUGAUCGAGUACCUACUUUUGUCGCAAAAGAUAAGUCAAAUCUCAAAGCGCGUUUACUUACGGGAAAAACAAGAAAAAUAUCAAUCAGAGGUCAUCAUUUUGUAGCUCAUCAAUAUUUCACUAUUACCUAUUGCAAUCAUUGUCAACUUAUCAUUGGUGGAAUUGGACCUCAAGGAUAUUUAUGUAGUGAUUGUUCUUUAAGUGUUCAUCGUCAAUGUGUUCGUGUAGUAGAAGAAAAUUGUCCAGGACCAUUGGUUAGAAAAGAAAGAGGUAAUGAUCGUAUAAGCAAAUUGAUGGAACGUAUCAGACCUGAAAGAAAACCACCAUCAUCACAUCAUCAUCACCAUUCUCAAAAUCACAUGCUUCAUGUUGAUAAAAUUAAAAGAAGUGAAGAAGAUACUGGUGCAUUGACAGAUGGCGAAAAUGGAGAACAUCGCGGGGGCGUCAUAGCCGGAAACGCGCGUAGUAGUAGCGAAAGAGGACGCAUUUCCGCUUACAGCGGAGUCUCCGAUCACGCCGAUAGUAUGGACAAUCCUUCCUCGCGGGAAGAUAUUUCAGAAAUGGUGCAGCAAAAUAUUUCCAGUAAGCCAAAGACGUCAAACAUAAACAGGUCUGAAAGUUACAAGGAGCGGAUACAUCACAAGCGACAGCUACGAGAGAAGAGAAAGACCAGCGACCCAAAUCUUUCUAAAACGAAGGCUGGUUUCAGUGAUUCUGAACCGGCUGGGACAUUUCCCGGAAAUUCAGCGGGCAGUUCGUCGAACAGCAGCUUGUCGACGAGAAGUCUGGACAGUCCGAGUACCAGCCUGGAGCAGGUACAUCCAGCUACCUCCGCGGCCAACACAUCGACCUCGUGGGACAGCGAUGUUGAUGUUGAACCGGAUCCUCCUGAUUGGAGUCAAGGCGUUGCCGAGGAUGUCCUCGCUCGGCUCAGCAAUGCGGAGAAAAAACGACAAGAAGUUAUCAAUGAACUCUUUCACACGGAGCGAUCUCACGUGCGGGCGCUGAGAGUGCUAUCACACGUCUUCCACAAGCCGCUCCUCGAAUCACAAGUACUUCCGUUAGACCAAAUACAAUUAUUAUUUUCCAAUCUAGAUGAGAUGGUAACAAUUCAUUCGCGCUUCAAUCAAGCGAUGAAGCGCAAGAAGAAGGAGAAUCCAUGCGUGGGCGAUGUUGGAGAUCUUCUUUUAGACAUGUUCGAUGGCGAGAAUGGAGAAACCUUUGAGAGAGCUGCAUCUACUUAUUGUGCGAAACAGCAAGUGGCUCUGGAUGCUCUGCGAGAUCGUCGUCGGAAGGAUCCGAAAUUGAACUCUUUCUUAAAUGAAAUUGAGGCUAAUCCUCUUUGUCGAAGGCUACAGCUCAAAGAUCAUAUAUUGACGGGGAUGCUCCGAUUGACAAAAUAUCCUUUGCUCUUUGAAAAUUUGGCAAAAUACACGCCUGAAAGUAACGAAAAGGAAAGAGCUGCGGUUUUACGAAGUCUCGAUCGAAGUAAGGAAAUUCUCAGUUGUGUUAACCAAGCGGUACGCGAGGCAGAAGAUUAUCAGAGAUUGGCAGAGAUUCAACGUACCAUCGAUAGAUCUGCAUUUGAUAAAUUUGAUCAUCCAACUGUUCAAGAAUUCAAGAAUCUAGACAUCACAAAACGUAAAUUGAUCUACGAAGGUCCGUUACAAUGGCGUAGAACUGAACAGAAUAGAGCAAAACCGGUCGAUCUACACGUGGUAUUGCUUGACGAUACGAUACUCCUGUUGCAUCGACAAGAUGAAAAGUACCUGCUGAAAUUUAUCAAUCCAAAUCAAGCGAACUCUGUAUUGAGUCCUAUUGUAAAAGUAUCUACUGUUCUUGUCAGGCAUAAUGCCGUAGAUAAAAAUUCUCUCUACCUGGUUAAUACAUCGCAAAAUGGAGCGCAGAUCUAUGAUUUAGUAGCAGCCUCGCCUGCAGAACGAAAACAAUGGUUUAAACACAUCUCUGAAGCAGCUGAAGCAUAUAAGGCUCGUGAUAAACAAGGUAGAAGACCUACUCCACCUACUACACUGCCAGAAGAACCUGGACCUACGAUCGAAGAUUCUUCUUCGACAGAACAUGACAAUAUUCCUAAUAAAACGGAUCAGGAUCAAGAACAAGAAUCAGAAACAAAGGAAUCUACGCAAGACACUAGCAUGGAACAAGAAGGAGAAACACCUAAUAUUUCUGGACCUGAGAUCUCAAGAAUUGAACAAACGAAACAGCAACAGCCACAACAUUCAUCCGAACCUUCAAGCACAGGUACAGGAGAACCAUUAAGAUUGGUUACUUGUACACAAGCAUCGUUAAUUGAUCCGCUUGAAGUUCAUGUAGAAGUACCACCUGUACAUGUUGCAGAACCAGUGCUUACACCAAUAGAGUGUCUUAGAAGAAAGGAUGAGAUUAUUAAGCAAGCACUGAUCGAAAAACAAUUAUUGGUAGCAGAUAUAUUAAAUAUUCCAAAAGAAGAUUUCGAACAUGUGGCUGAUAUGGCAUCUGAACCAUCAAGUAUAGAAAAAGAACCUGCUGAACUUAUACUUGCUGCUAUUAGUCAAGCGAAUCAAUUGGUUGGAAUGUUAAAUUCUGCAUUAAAUGUAAGUGAAACGGAAACUGUUCUUGCAUCACGUGGAGCAUCGAUAUUAGCAACACCGCCAAGUUGUGAGGCAACUGGUUGUCCAUCACCACGAAUGCAUCUUCAUCCACAACAACCAGCAAUAUCAAUUGCAAGUUUACAACCAAUUUGUCAUUCUUUAACUUCUCAAUUGUCACAAUUAUUGGAAAUUAUAAAAGAAAGAGAAGAAGAACGAGAGACAUUAAGAAAAGAGUUACGCAGAAGUAGAGAACGUCUUCAUGCUCUUGAUGCAGAUAUACAACGUCGUGAAUUUUCAGAAACAUGCACCGCAUCAAGUCAAACACAAACAGAACCCAGUGAAGUUUUAAAUAAGGAUAGCAGUAUUGACGAUCCCACUCGUGAUGAAUUUGUAGAUGCACGUGGUGAAUCUGAGACAAACGAAGAAUUGGAAUAUACAGAACACGAAACAGAAACAGAAGUAAUGGGAGAUAGUGUCGGUUGAAAGAUGCAAGAUAACGCAUUAAAUAUUGUCAACUAGAUGCAUUUCACGAGCAAGAUCGUUUCCGAAUGCUCAUACCGGAAGAAAUCAAAAUUAUGUAAAAAAUGACAAAUGGCGAGUAGCUGUUUAUGGAAUACAAUAAUAUUAGAUACAUAUUUACAGAGUCAUGGGUCGAUGAUUAAUCAUACCUUUGCCAAAGAUUUUAUGUAACUGGAUUUACAUGAUGUAACAGCGAAUGCGCGUAUACAUCAUAUAAUAUCAAUGACUGGAAAUUACAUAAAUUUUUUAUUGCCAAUAGUAUAACGAUGCAGUUUCUGAAAUAAUAUGGUAAAGGAAAUUUUUUUGAAAGAAGUAAAGAGAAUUCCAAAUAGAUUACUAAAUUUAUUUUGAUUUAAUAUUUCUCUUUUUUUUUAUACAAAUAAAUAUACGGAUACAUAAACAUACAAAUUAAUAAAUUAAAUAAAAGCUUUAUAUGCAUAUAGAACAAUUUUUUUACUGUAGAUUAUUUUGAAAUCUAUACUGUAGUACUCUUAUAAUACGUAUUACUGUAUAAAAAUUGUUAUAUCAUGUCUGGAAUGACAUCGAUUUCUAUAACGUUGUUUUAUAUACAUCAAUUUGUAUACCGAAAAUUUUUCCUUAAGAUAUUUUUUAAAAAAUUGAAAUCGAUUUUAUCGAAAUUACUUUGAAAUACUUAUUGUGCAUUUUAUACAAAAACAUUUACGUAAAUAUGUUAUACGCGUUUAGAACAAUUUAAUCGUUCAUCUCAAGAAACAACUUUUGUGAUCUGCUAUGAUAUAUUUGAAACCAACUGUGUCAUUAUAAUAAUUCAAUAGUCAUGAAACAUAAUUUGCAUUUAUAUAUAUAUAAAGAUAUUUAAUCAGAAGAUGCGUCGAUAUUUCAAUGUAUGUAAAGAAAUGCGAAGCAUAUAUUAAUGCAGAAUAAUGAUUUUUGAUGCAUUAUUAUUAAAUAAUACGCUUUUAGAUACACUUUCCUUAUAUUUCAUGACCAUAUGUUCAGGAUAUUCAAUCCAAAAAUGCAAAUGCCGAUUGGUUUUUACUGUAUGAAUUAAAGAAGAAACUUUUUACAUAAUA